AGUCCUUCACCCACCAGUAAACCAUUAACUAAGCCAUAAAGCUUUUCAGUAGCAGGAAUUACAGAUAGUUGGGCAGGCUUUGUACUGCUGAAUCACUGUUGUCAUCUGGUUACAGGAAGGAAGUCACUCAUGCCUUUAUCAGAAGUCAUGUGCCUUUUUGGUUUUUAAGCAGGAUGUUGUUUCAUGAUGUCAUAUUAAUCUGAACUUGGCAUAAACAGGCAUUUGAAUUUAGCUUUUUAAGCAUUUUUGGCUUAAAUGGUCAUCUGGGAUUCACUGUAGUUUUGGUGCUGGUAGGUUAGGAUAUUGAUGUAACAUAAAAGAAAAUUACCAAAGUCCACAAACAGUCAUUGGGGAAAAAGCCAGAGACACUGUCUGUUAAUGUUUGUAGAUGAGGAGAGGAAGUCUUCUCUCAUUUACUCUAGACUCACUUUUCCACAUUUGUGAUAUAUUUUUUCAAGUAUGAGAAUGGCCAAUGUUUAUGCUGCCCUUAGUGUCAAAACAGUAUUUAGCUAAUUAUCACCGCUGUCUUUUGCUCAGAAGGAGAUUCUCCUUUAAAUGUGCUCCCCAAAUAGCACCCUGUUCCCUUUAUAGGAGACUAUUUUAGACCAGGGUGCAUAGGACUCUGGUCAAAAGUAGUGCACUAUACGUGUAUAGGGAAUAGGUUGCCAUUUGGGAUGCACCCUUAGUCAUUUUGACCGUAACUCUGUAUCAUUGUGCCCUUAACUGCAAAUCACAGGGUUUGGUUCAAUUCCAUUUAAAUUCAUUCAAAAGUCAAGAAUUAAAAAGGUGCAGUUUUAUUUUGUGUGAAUUUCACUUCACUUGACAAAGUUUAAAUGGGAAUUGACCCUGGUGUAUAAUGCAAUUGUCUGUUUGAGAAAGUGAACAGUAGUUUCUCUGUGAGUUUUAGAUGUGUUUCUUCUCAGUGUGUUUGUGCGUAAGGUUCUUGAGGUUUGGACCAAAGUAGUGCAAGAUAUAGGGAAUGAGGUGCCAUUUGGGAUGUAACCCAUUAAACCCACAGUGCAGCUCUGGGGUAGAGUAGUAGGCCACGUGCAGAGGUGAGCAUGUGUGCUCAUGGUGGGAGAUCGUUUUGAAGGGUCAUUGAUCCACCCGAUACCCAAAUCUCACCUCAGUGGGACCACAUCCUCUGUUCCAAAAAAAUACCCUUCACUUUCUCUUCCUCCAUCUUACCUAUUCCAUAGCCAACUAGGGAAACAGACAACUGAUUUUAAACACCUGAAUAGAACAAGUGGAUAGAAAUACAAACUGGACUCGAACAAUAGAGGAUACAAAAUACCACUCAACAGCACAGUAGACACAGCAACAAAGACCGAAAGUUCAAGUCAUUCUCAUCACAGAAACAUUUGUUGUGCCUUCUCUCUUCCCAGUAAAUCAGCCAUCAGGACGGACCACCAUGCUUUUAGCCUUCCAGAUCCUGGGUCUGUCUUUAGGGGUGAUUGGCUGGUGUCUGGAGAACAGCUGCACUAGUUCCCAUUCCUGGAGGGUACGCAGCCAUUCUGGGGCUGUCACAACCAACAACUGGCAGUUCGAGGGCCUGUGGAUGACCUGCGCAGCCACGUCCCUGGGCUCUGUGCAAUGCCAGAGGUACAAGACUGUACUGGGGCUACCAGGCUACAUACAGGCAUGUCGAGCCCUGAUGAUCAUCGCUCUGCUCCUGGGUCUAGCGUCCAUCAUUGUGUCAGUGCUGGGGCUGAAAUGCACAAAGAUCGGCAGCACUUCUGAACAGGCCAAGGGCAAAAUCGCUCUGACAGGCGGAAGCUUGUUCAUCUUAUCAGGUCUUUCCACCUUGACUGCUGUGUCAUGGUACGCUGCACGGGUGGUGCAGGAGUUCCAUGAUCCAUUCUUUGCAGGAGUAAGGUUUGAACUGGGUGCAGGUCUAUACAUGGGUUGGGGAGCUGCCUGUUUGGCCAUUCUAGGUGGUGUCAUGCUCUGUUGUUCCUGUAAGAGGGGUCCAUCAGGACCCACCACAGGGGGAUAUUCAUACAACUACUCCAAAACAAGCGGUGGACAACAGAUCUAUAGGGCACCACAUGUGUCAGAGUCUGGGAGUUCAAAAGCUUAUGUUUAAAGCAGUUUAAAAUGUGUUUCUUUCAAUCUAAUUUGUUUGUUUGUCUGUUUCCAUUUGUUUCUUCGCCGAAGUAUGAAUUUACUGGUUUGAAUUUGCCAUUAUAUAUUUUUGUUGCUUUGUUUUUGUUGUCUUGAGUUGAGUCACUGUGAAUAUUAAUGAAAUGUUUAUUACUUUGAAAUGUAUUGAAAAUAAAAACAUUACUCUGUU